CAAGAUAGAAUUCACAUUAGUGGGCGCGGGCUUCGUAGAGAUCCAGUCCCGCAGGGUUAGUCAGCACCUGCGUUGUUCCACCCAGGUGGAACACGUAUCGGUGGCCAUGGACCGAAGUGUGUUAGCCACACGUCUCCAUGGAAGAGGGUUUCAGGUGGUUGAACCUUUUAAGUGUGCUGGUCAUGCAUCCAUUUUCCGUGUACGCGAAAAUGAAGAGGUUGACACUGAGCCCUGUGUUGCCAAGGUUGUAUGUCUGAGCGGUUUGGAUGCACAGGGGCAAGCAGGAGCACAACAGGAGGUCAGCCUUCUGAAGGGUUUGUCGGCCCAUCCCAACCUCAUUGCUUACAAGCAAAGCUUUCUGGAAGAUGGUGGUGUUUUGUUCAUCAUCAUGACCUUGGCAGAGGAUGGAGACCUGUGCCGUGUGGUAAGCGAAGCACAACUGGCUCACCGUGCUUUGCCCGAGGCUGCGGUAUUGACCUGGUUGCGUCAGACCCUUCUUGGUCUGGAGCAUUUGCACAAUCAGGGAGUUGUUCACAGAGAUCUAAAGAGUUCAAACAUUUUCCUUUGCGAGGGGCGGCGACGGAUUCGGAUUGGUGAUUUUGGCAUAUCUACUGUUCUUCAAAGUACUGCGUUUGCUUCUUCCUGCGUUGGCACACCAGCCUACAUGUCACCAGAGCUCAUGAGGAAUGAGCGCUACGACUUUCACGUGGACAUGUGGGCUCUUGGAUGUAUUUGCUUUGAGCUGUGUAGCCUUGACCUGCCCUUCGCUGCGGCGUCAUUGCUGCAGCUGGCUAUGCAAGUGAUGGAUUCCGAGCCUGCUUGGCAUAAAUUGGAGGGCAGGAGUGAAGAGCUGAUCAGCGCGAACCGAUGGCUCCUUCAAAAGGAGGUCAUGAAUCGGCCUACAGCUCGUAGUCUGCUGCAAGAGCCUUUGUUUGUAGAGGGUGGCCGUGCUAGCAUUGGCCCCAGUGAGGAGGAGUGGCUCAGCUUGGCAGCACCGGACCAUGAUGGUAGUUGUGACAAAAGAAGAGCGCAAACAACUGUGAGCACCGCAGCGCUUUCUGGCUCCGACACAUUCAGCUCGAAAGGCUGGACGACUAUGGCAUUGCCAGAAGAAUCCACAAACGCUAUCACAGCAGGUUUGGUGGAGACACCGGCAAUAGUGAGCUUCGACCGCUUAGUGCAGCAAGCUCGUGAGGCAAGGCACGAGUUUUCCAAGGAUGAGUUUGCUGAAAUCCUGACGACGCAUCAGCAGUCUUUGCUGAAGCAGCUGAAAGCAGUCCAGCACAGCUCUGUUCUCUUUGGUGACGACGCCCAAACUGCAUCGUUUUGUGGGCAAGAGACACCAGUUCGAGAAUGCCAUCAACAGAGGACGGUGAUACAUUCGAGCAGAUGGGCAACGCUUUCCCAAUUGACCCAGUGCCCUCCAAUAUUGCCUAUUUGAAGAAAGCGAUUGAGAAGGAGAUGAAAUUGUCCAUCGCAGCACCCUCGAUUGAUGUUUUUAGCCAACAGGAUGGAAGUUGGAUUAGAGAAGAAAAGAUGUCGGCAAGCCUUCGCGACACGGAAGAG